AUGGUUGGAAUUGAAACGAAAGGGAAUGAAGGCUUUGGAGGCGGUGAUGGGAACAAAAGAACGGUACAGUUGUCACGCCUUUUACACGUGUCAUGGGGCCAAGGCGCUGCCACGUCACUCCCAGGUUUUGAUGGGCGCUGUGGCGAUGCCAAGAUAUUUAUUGGAGCCUCCAAAAUAUCUCCUCUCUUUUGCCUUCGGCUUUGGGUUACGUGGCACCGCCCUUUAACUGUCACCUGCGUCGCCUCUUUUCGCGCUCUUUUCACUUUCGGGUCGGGUUGUUGGCCCGACCCCUUUCGUGCCGUUUUCGUCUUUGAUAUUUCUUUUCUUCCUUGUAAUUUCAGUUUAGAGGUACAAGAUAUUAGUUAA